AUGGUCUUUGUCCGCAAGCGUGGCACUGUACCACCCAACGGUCUAUCACCCGGUUCAAUCUCCCCAGGUACGGCAGGUGGCAUUUCGUGGGCAGCAGCGAAGGCAAAAAGCGACGAGGUACGCGGGUAUCCAUCAUUCUCAACACGCAAUAGCGGCUUCUUCUCUCGCCAACGACACAAGAUCUCGACUCGGUUUCAUAGCGUUCGAAGGCUUUCCUCACGUGAAUACGUCGAUAAGGAUGAUUUUGGUCGGGAAUGGAAGCGUUCAAGCAGUGGCUAUGGUCUGCUAGGUGGCUUACGCAUGCCAGUGCGCCGGGGCCGGUCCCGGCUGCUGUUGGCAUUGUUGUUGGUGUGGGUUGGAUAUCUAUUUUUCUGGACGAGCAUUAUCCAAACAUACCGACGAUCACCCAUAGGCGGCGGGAGCAAGUUCGUCAUCAUCCUCGGAUCGAACGUGGAGGGCGGCGUCAUGGAAUGGAAGGGUGCACGUGAAUGGGCCAUUGAACGCAACAGCAUAUGGAACAAGAAGAGAUAUGCACACAAGUGGGGCUAUGAGCUAGAGCUGGCUAAUCUGCUGGCCAAGAAGCGCUAUUCACAUGAAUGGCGUGAGAGCUGGGAGAAGGGCGAUGUGAUCCGCGAAGCCAUGCGCAAGUAUCCAGACGCAGAGUGGUUCUGGUGGCUAGACUUGAACACAUGGGUUAUGGAAUACGACACAUCCCUCCAACACCAUCUAUUCAAUAACCUCCAGUCCUACGUUUACCGCGAUAUCACCGCGUAUAACCCUCUCAACAUGACCCACCCACUACCCGAGUUCUGGCUCGACGAGCUAGGUCGUUCCCUCGAAGGCGAUGGCAAGGCAGAUUCAUUGAAUAUGCUUCUGACACAAGACUGCGCCGGAUUCAAUCUGGGAUCUUUCUUCGUGCGCCGAUCUGAUUGGACAGACCGCCUGCUCGAUAUCUGGUGGGAUCCCGUCAUGUACGAGCAGAUGCAUAUGGAAUGGGAACAUAAAGAACAGGAUGCCCUGGAGUACAUUUAUCAGAGUCAACCAUGGAUUCGGAGCAGUGUUGGCUUUUUACCACAACGCAGCAUCAAUGCCUUCCCACCUGGCGCAUGCGGCGACGGAGAUAACCCAGUCGUUCACUAUCAACAGAACGCACACGAUCUCCUCGUCAACAUGGCUGGGUGUAUGUUUGGUCGGGAUUGCUGGUCUGAAAUAUACUACUACCGCGAGCUGAGCAAUUGGCUUGGCCGGUCUCGCUGGGAGCGAUUCAGGGAUGGUGUCGCUGAUACGACCGCAUCAAGCAGCCUCCAAAAGCCGACUCCCUCCCACCAACCCUUGCUGCCAUUGUCCUGCGCCCAAGCAAGCAAAGCACCUCACUUCACCCUGACCUCACACCAAACCACACAAACCAACCACCCACAAUGCCAACCGCCGAGUCCGCCGCCUUCCUCGCCAAAAAAGCCCACCGUCGCCCCAACCUACGACGGCGUCGACUUCGAGGACAACGUCGCAGUCCACAACGCCCGCGACGCCAUUAUCCGCGAGCAGUGGGUCCGCAGCAUGAUGGCGCGUCUAGUCGGCGAGGAAUUGGGCAAGUGCUACGCGCGCGAGGGCGUGAACCACCUCGAGAAGUGUGGUGUUUACCGAGAGAAGUACUUCGAGCUCCUUAAGGACAGCAAGAUUAAGGGUUACCUCGGACAAGAGAAGAACCGCUUUGGUGGAGAGUCGGCAUAAGCGUUUACGUCUUUUUUUGCGUGUUCAGCUAUGCGAUUGCGUUUCGAGGAUCCGGUUUGAUGGUUGAUGUCGAUACCGCGGGGAAUGGACAAUUUUGAUGUCGAGAUGAAAUGGUCGCCCUUGG